CAUCGGUACGGACCUGAUGCACACUAUCUCCACAGUAGCCUAUACUACUGUGAGCUUGUGACUGCGUUGCCUUGAGGAGGCCCCCAAGCAGCUGAGCAAGCCAGCUGCCAGCAACAAAUCUUCUCAGCUCUUCUCACUCCCAGAUUUUAUACUCCACUGGCUGCACGCCUCAGGCCUCACUGCCUCCAUUCUUUCUUCCUCGUCUCGUGAGCCAUGAAUGAGCUCUGCGACCUCAAGGUGCACAUCAAUGGCCAACACACGCUUCAUCUCCACCAGAGCGUCAUGUGUGCCUUCUCGGGGAGGCUGAGGACAAUGGUGAAGCAAGAGAAGAAGAAGCCGUCGAGCAGAAAGGAAGCUUUGUGCGUGAAGCUCGCUGAGUUCCCGGGCGGCGCCGAAGGCUUCGAGCUCGUUGCCAGGUUCUGCUACAACAAUGGCCGUGUCCCUCUCUGCCCCUCCAACCUCCCGCUGCUGCACUGCGCCGCCGUGUUCUUGGAGAUGACCGAGGAGGUGUGUGCCUGCAACCUGCUGACUCAAGCGGAGGCCUUCGUGAACGGGCUCUACUACUGGACCUGGGCCGACGUGCUCAGCGCGGUCAAGAGCUGCGAGCCCUUCGCCGCGGCGGUGGACGGUUCUGGCCUCCUUGAAAAGCUCAUCAUUGCUCUGUUCUCCAAGAUCACCUCCAACCCAGAGACGCUCACCACCGCCGCAGCCGUGGGGACGCCGAACCGUUCCUCGUCGUCGUGCUCCUCUUCUCCGGACACGGUGGGCUUCGGCCAGUCGUCAUCCACCAAGACGCCGGAGUCGAUGAAGCCUUGCAUCGGCAGGGAGUGGUGGUUCGACGACUUGACAUCCUUGUCCCCGCAUACCAUCGAAAAGGUGAUGCGAGUGCUCGGCUGCUACGGCAUCGAGAACAAGAACCUGAUACUGACGCGCUUCUUGCUGCGCUACCUCCGCGCGGCCACGCGCAGGCCGGCGCUCUGCAAGGAAGGCACCCUCGCCGGCCUCGCGGACACGGCCGUGCACGGCGUGGCGCUCGUCGGGGGCACGGCGUUUUCGUGCCGGGGCCUGUUCUGGGUGCUGCGGAUCGUGUCGGCCGUGGGGCUGAGCAAGGAGUGCAAGCACAAGCUGGAGAGGCUCAUGGGGCUGAUGCUGGACCAGGCCACGCUCGACGAUCUCCUCGUCUCGGGCGACGACGGCGGCGUCUACGACGUGAACCUGGUCAUGAGGUUGGUCAGGGUGUUCGUGGUCUCCGAGGAGGAAGCCGACGCGCCGUCGCAGAGGAUGAGGAAGGUGGGGAGGCUGGUCGACAAGUACCUCGGGGAGAUCUCGCCGGACCAUGGACUGAAGGUGUCCAGGUUCCUCGCCGUCGCCGAGAGCCUACCGGACUCGGCCAGGGAGUGCUACGACGGGGUGUACAGGGCAUUGGACAUCUACCUUGAGUCACACCCGGCACUAUCCCUCGAUGAGCGCACGACGCUGUGCCGAUGCCUGAACUACGAGAAGCUCACGCUGGAGGCGUGCAAGGACCUCGCCAAGAACCGGAGGAUCCCGCCGGGAGUGGCGGUGCAAGCAUUGACCUCGCAGCAGUCGAAGCUCCAGAUCAACAAGCCCGCAGCCGCCGCGGAGGAGAGCAGGACCGACCCGUCCCAGACGCCGAGGAGGGUCGUCCGCGCCAGCGCGCGCACCCGCAAAGUGGACCUCGACGGCGCCAGCGACGAGAAGGAGCUGCUCAGGCUGAACCUGCAGAAGAUGCAGAACCGGGUGGUGGAGCUGGAGCGGGCGUGCAAGGAUAUGCAGGGCCAGAUGUCCAAGAUGGCGAGGGGCAAGUCCUUCGGCGCCGCCUCCUGCCAUCAAACCGGCGGCAGGGGCUUGCCGAGGCUGUGCUAAUGGCGUAUUAUCUGCAUCUUUUUUUGGUGAGGUUGUCACAUAGCUCGCAUUUUCUCUUGAUCCCUUUGUAAAGUUUGUGCUGUGUUGGUUGUGAGUGGAUAGAUGAGCAAGAAUGAAAGGCAUGUAAAUUUUCUUUUACCACUGUCCCUUGUUGCUUUGUUCUAUUCUUUCUGAAACUUCGCUCUGAUUA